AUGUUUCCUGCCUGCCUUCCCCUUUUUCAUUCAUUCAUCCAUGCUCUUCCCCUCCGUGCAGACCUACGCUUGCUCUCUGCAGCCGUCCUGGCCGCUCUGAUGCUGCUGCUGCCGUCUGCGUCUGGAGCUCCGGUCGAAGACGAACUCGUCGACAAUCCGGCAGGAGACACCUCAGGUGAGGAAGGAGAGGAGGUGGAGGAGGAGCUCUCCGACCUGCAGAAGCUGCUUCAGUUCACGCAACGCCACGAGAAGGAGUUUAAAGAUGAGUUCCACUUUGACGUGAUAUUCCUCGAGCACUACAAAUCCCCCUCCUUCCCAUCCAGAUGCCCAAGCUCCAACUUCAGCAAGGAGGCUUGUCUCCAGAGGUUGGCCCAAGGUCUGCUCACCUUCACGGUUCUUCUGAAGAACGUGGAGACGGAGUACCCUGACAGCCCCAUCAUCGCUGCAGUCAGACUGUACAGCGGGGCCAUCGUCACAGCGAUCAAAGAGAAGGUAUGCCUGACUUCCGAACAUACUAUUGUCACUUCCGGCCCACAGAUGAAACACCGUGAGCGGGUCUUGGCGCUGACCAGCACCCAGGAGGAGCAGCUGCUAAAGGGGCUCAUAAACCCCGAUACCUUCCAGAGAAAGAUGAUGGCGCACAGCAUCCUGCACCACUUUCACACCUUCCUUGUCGAUGCCAAAACGUCACUGAAUAAAAUGGAGAAGCCCAGAGGACGUCUGGCCAACAGGGGACUGGCUACUAUUAGUUCACUUCAGCAGUUGUUAAAAAGAUGAAAUUAUAAAUCUGGAUUGUGAAGGAUCACUGUUACUCCUGCUGCUGUAAACGCAAUGACAAGCUGUGAGGUGUUUGAGGUAUUUGAAUGUUGACUACUUUAGUCCUGAGAGUUUGGAUCAUCCUCUAUGAGAUGCCUUAUUUAACCUAUUUAUACUUGCUUAUUUAUUAGAGAGAAAAAAAUCAUGUUAAAUGAAUGCACUGGAAUGAUUUUAAUUUAAAUGCAAAUUAACCUGAUUGUUAAAUAAGAAUAUAUUUUUUAUUUUUAAAAAAAUUACUGGAAAGUUUAUUUUUGUACCAAUUCGGUUAACUAUUUAUUUUACUCAUUUUGCAGAACAAUGAUCUAAUUUUUGCUACUACAAGUGACUUGAGGGGAUGUUUUUCUAUUUGUAUGUGUGCAGAAAUAAAAAGUUAUUUGCAUAGAUAAGAUUUAAGUUUCCUCCUUUCAACACUUCACACAUUUCAAAGCAGCAACACAUUUUGAAACUGUAUUUCCGACGACUCGACCACACGCAAGAUAGCCUGACGUAUACGUUGAAUAGAAAAUGGAAAAUGUGACCGUUGAACUGAAGAAACAGAGGAAAGCAAAAUGCAUUAUGAUAAGAGAUCUAUGCAUAUUUUUUUCCUGUUCUCUCAUUUUUGUGGAUUGUCCACACUUUGAAACAAGGCCCUUAACUAUCUUUAUGAAGGCAAUUCCUUCAUGUUGUUAUUUUUGUCCAUAUUCUGAUUUUUCCAAUGAGAGCAUCAAUCUGAUUUCUCAUAUUUAUCAAGACAGACGUGUCAUUUCUUGGAGGAUUUAUUUUCAGAAAUUUUGAAUUACAAAUAAAAAGAAGAAACACAUGAAAAGGGUGGUAUCUUCAAACAUCAGUGUCA